AUGAAGAUCGUGCUUCAAAAAGUCAGUCGUGCUUCUGUAACAGUCGAUUCCCAAAUCGUAUCUGCCAUAAAUACGGGCUUCAUGCUACUCGUUGGUAUAUCUGUUGACGACACCGAAAAAGAUAUUGAGAAGCUUUCCAGGAAAGUGGUCUCUAUGCGAGCUUUCGAUGACAACGAAGGGUACGGCUGGAAAAAAAACAUUCGAGAAGUGCAAGGCCAGAUCCUCUCAAUCUCACAGUUUACGCUUUUAGGACAGACCAAAAAGGGAACCAAGCCUGAUUUCCAUCAAGCUCAGAAAGGGCACUUGGCCAAGGAACUCUACGACAAAUUUUUAGAGAAUCUACGCCACGAACUGGGCCAUGAAAACGUGAAGGACGGCGUUUUCGGUGCCAUGAUGAGCUGUGAGCUGGUCAAUGAGGGACCGGUGACGCUAAUUCUAGACACGAAGGACUAG